UACCCUCUGGUUUCCUCCGUCCGAUAGGGUUUCGUUCUUCUCUCUCUGCUGUCGCACAAUGGCGGCGAAGGGGAGGAGGGAGCUCUUGGACCAGCCAUCGGCGACCGCCUUCCCACAGAGCCUUCUCGUGUGCCGCACGACGGAUCAGCGAGGGGGCACCGUCACAUCUGCCAACGCCGAUUGCGAAGCGGGAGCCCUCGCGGCGGAGGCGGCGGCGGCGGUACCCCGAAGCGAGGUCCUCCACAAGGUGAAGGACUUCCUGGGCGUGAUCGCUAAAGCCAACGAUAAGCUGGAGCUCGAUGUCCGCCGGAGAUCGCGCGCGGACUACGACGUCGAAGUGCUCAGCGGCAACGAGAAGGCGUACAUCGAGAUGGAUCUGCUCCUGGGCGUCGCCGACCUCCACAACGACGAGGCCGUGGCGGCGGCGGAAGCUGCCAUGAGCGGCGUUCCGCCGCCUACGAUUCCUUCCGCUGGCGACAGCUCCUCCGACGCAGACGACGACUCGAGCGGCGAAAUGGAAGCAUCCUGCGGGUCGGAGAAGAAGCGCAAGCGGAAGGAGCGACCGAAGAUUAUAGUGCUGGAUCCAUCUUCGAAUCAAAGUUGAGGUGAUCUCGCUGCAAAUGGAAUAGUGAUCAUUAUGAUGAAUCUUAAUUCGAUAAACAUCUUCAAGUGCACAAAGGACAAGGGCUCAGAUCGAACACUUCAACUCUAUUAGUAAUCUACUUUUAUGUUUUUAUUUA